AUGCUGAAGGAAUUCGAAGUGAACAUCAAGGGGGUUCUGGGUACGUUUGCCGUGCCCCCUUCGGUUGACAAUCCGAACCAUUUGGCGGAAGGUGAAGCCCCAGCCAGCAAGAGAGCCGUGCUUAUUCUCCAUGGUCAGAGCGGACAUCGUAAUUAUUGCUACCAGCGAGACUUGGCUGAGGCUCUAGGCAAGCAAUUGGGGUUGUAUACGUUAAGAAUUGACUUUCGAGGCUGUGGCUCGUCGGCUGAUAACGAUGACCCAUUUUUGGGCCGUACGCUUGACCAAGAUAUGGAAGAUAUACAAGCGUGCGCCGAGUACCUAGUGUCGGGAAACAAUGAGGUGGGCAUCAAGUUUUCCAUUGCUUCCAUAGUGAGCCAUCUGAGAGGCUCAACUGCCAUGCUCCUUUGGGCUCUUCUGCAGCUGGAACCCCAGCAUGAAAAUCACCCACGUCCUGAAAAUUGGUUACCUGUCAAGGUUGAGUCUCUUGUCAAUUGCAGUUCGCGGUUUGAUCUGGCGGCGAUAGCCAAACGGUUUCCAUUGUUUGAUCUUUCUUUUGAUAUGAUGCCGCAAUACUGUUUAAGACAUGGUAAAUGGCAGGAAGUCAUGGUUACUCGCCAUGAACUUUUAUCGCAAGCGCAAACCGAAAUGGAGGAUUUGAAAUACCUCGACCCGUCCGUUCCUGUUCUCUCGAUCUACGGGCUUGAAGAUAGAGUCCUUGAGCCCACAGACCCUUCUGGCAUGGCCAAUGCUUUAUCUCGAGGUCCAGGUACCCACAACAUUUACUUGAUACCUGACGCCGACCACAACUUCCAGGGUCUUCAUCCUAUCGAGACCGAAGUGGAUGCCGAGGAGUAUAACCCUGAUAAUCUUCCUCUCAACAGAAAGAAAUUGGUCAACUACAAUAGCGUAGUUGUUGAACAUAUACUCAAUUACCUUGGCCCCGAUGCUCGAGCGCAACGCAGCAGUGAACUUUGCGGCAAUGUUUCAACCAUUCCCAGGUGGAAACAGGUCGAUGGUGUGUCCAACUUUAGAGACAUUGGAGGCUGGCGUAUCACCAACCCCGCCAGGCAAUUAUCGCAUGUUCCUCCCAAUUCGUUCUACUAUGUCCAGCCUGGAUUUGCUUACCGCGCAGCCAAUAUGAGCUCAAUAACGUCACAAGGGUUGGCAACGAUGCGCAACCUUCGUAUUAAGGUUGUGUUUGACCUUCGAAGUGACAGUGAAUGCCAACAUGAUGGUAUAGCUUCAGACUUGGAACUGGUGGGCAUCACUCGUGUACAUGCUCCAGUUUAUGCCAACGACAACUUUCUGCCAGAAGCAAUAGCAAUGAGGUAUAGCAACUUGAUGUCUUCAUGGCACACAUUUGUCAAGGUUUACCAAGACAUGUUGAAAUUUGGAGUGAAUGCGUUCCGAACCAUUUUCGAGCAUGUCAGAGACAAGGGAACUAGUUUCGUUGUACAUUGUUCCGCAGGCAAAGAUAGAACCGGUAUAAUCGUUAUGCUUAUGCUUUUAUUGACGGGACUUGAUAAGAAUACCAUUGCCCAAGAAUACGAGCUUACGACAAUUGGACUCAAACCCGACCACGAGAGAAUCCAGGAGAAGUUCCUUUUCACCGUGGAGAAAUUUAAGAAGAAAGUUGAGAAUGCCAAUGAGUUAUUGGCAAAGGGCCGUCUGGGAUGGACAAUUGAGAAGGAUGGGUUUGAUAAUCUCAUCAGCUCGAGAUACGAAGCAAUGUUGAACACAAUAGAUCAGUUCCACGAGGACUACGGGUCGGUGGAGAAUUACAUGAAGGAACACUUGGGUUUCAAUGACCAAGAUUUGGUCAAGAUAUACAACAAUUUGGUGACAGUUCUGGCCAAUCCUGGAGGAGCAGACGCUUCAUCCCGGGCCAAGUUCUAG